AUGUCUUUGUGGAUAACAAAUCAAGAUACAAAUCAAGAAAAACAGAUACUCGUUGAAUUUUUAGAAUUUUAUGACGAUGCAACCUACAGAGGAUGGAACGAGGACAUAAUACAUGAUGUUAAAUACUAUAUUUCAAGAGUAAUUUGCAAAUCCGAAAGGGAAAUAUUUCAACUAGUUUUAAAUGGUUUCCCAAAGGAAAUCACAACAAAAGCAACAUUAACAAGACAAGAAAAACUUCAUGCCAGUUUUGUCGGAUUCUGCUAUCACUUUGAGAUAGGAACAUCAUCCAAUCAAAAAAAAGCAAUCCAAUACUACAGAAUUGCUGCAGAUCAUGGCGAUGGAUUUGCUUUAUCGCAAAUGGGAUUGUUGUUUAUCAAUGAUUACACCAAAUAUGUUGAGUAUAUUCACAAAUCGGCAAGAACUGGGCACCCACAUGGCGCUUACAAGAUGGCUAUCCUAACUAGUGGUAGGUCAAGAGCAUUUUGGUAUCUGAAAGCGGCCGAGAAAAAUUUUCCUCAUGGCCUUACGAAAGCUGCUCAAUUUUAUAAAAUGGGGGAGUAUGUAAAUACAGAUGUACAUUGUGCUUUAAGGAUGACGUUGUUGGUGAGACGUGCUGUGGGUGAAAAAGACUUUCCUAUCGAUGUUUUAGGGAAGAUUUUUCGAUGA